AUUCGAAAAACAUUCCGUUCCUGCUCGACAAUAUUUUUUUAAAAAUAUUUUUCUCAGUGUUAUGCACUCUCGGCGGUUGUACAAAUCGAUGGUCGACAAUUCGUAUUAUCACUGCGGCGGAUAAUAAUUUAUUGAGACACUACAUAUCCGAUAAAUGCAUUUGUUUUUCACGAACCCGGUUUCGUAUCUCUUAACCCGUCAAGUUAGUGACCCUUGAAAUGGUGAUAGAGUUUGAGUGCCAAAAAGAAUAAUUUAUGAUCGCCAGUUACUAGGCGCUUAUCACGAACAGUUUUUUUUUUUUCGACUGAACCGGAGACUACGUCGCUCUGUUUGUUAUCGUUCGUACAAGUGAAUUAUUUCUCCGGUUGCAACAUCUCUACAUUCUACAGCAUUGUCGUUAUCAUCGUUUCAAUAUCGUAGUAAGCCAGGCUGGGGCUUAUUAGAAGAACCAAAAACGGUUUCUCUAAUCAGGGCACUGCCGUCUCCGCAGAUGGGAGUGUUCGAGGAGAGGAGCGCUUGCAAACCCGGGAUGCAUUGGCAGCAGCACGAGCAAUACAUCGGUCCGGCGUACGACCCAUCCCGCGACCUCUCGCCGAAUCUCCCGUCGUGCGACUCGUCAAUGGGGGACUUGGAUCCCAACAGCAGCAUCUCCGGCAGCAGUUCAUGCAGCACACCCUCGAACAAUAACCACCAGUCGUCUUCCUGCGGAGCGUCGCAUCCUUGCAACACGGACAUCUGCAGAGCCGGACCGACGGAGCUGUGCAGUAGACCACACUCCUCCUUCGAACACCACAUACCCAAGUUAGAACAACAGAUACCCAAGUUAGAACCUAUUCAACCCCCAAGGACACCGCCGACGCCACCCUCGAACGCAAACGUUGACGAGGUGGCCGUGUGUGCCGGAUGCGGUAUGAAAAUUACUGAUCGUUACUACCUGCAGGCCGUUGACAGGAGGUGGCACGCGACCUGUCUUCAAUGUUGUCAGUGCCGCAACACACUGGAUGGAGAAGUGACCUGUUUUUCGAGAGACGGUAACAUCUACUGUAAGAAGGACUACUAUAGAUUGUUCGGGAUGAAGCGCUGUGCGCGAUGUCAGGCGACAAUCCUGUCGUCGGAGUUGGUGAUGAGGGCGAGGGAGCUGGUUUUCCACGUUCACUGCUUCUCAUGUGCCGUCUGCAAUUCCCCUCUUAUGAAAGGGGACCAAUUCGGGAUGCGCGACGGUGCCGUUCUCUGUCGGCUACAUUUCGAAAUGUCGCUGACGGAACCUCCACCUCCGGGUGGGAUUUACCCGCCGCCUCCGGUCGUGCAUUAUCCUUCGCCGUUUCCUAGUCCGGAGUUUCACCCGCACACGCCCGUUCCGCAAGCACACACGCCUGUCGGCGAACCAGUCGGUAAAGUUCCUUUUUUUAACGGCGCCACCACUGCCCCACGACAAAAGGGCAGGCCCAGGAAGAGAAAACCGAAGGAUUUGGAAUCAAUGACAGCUAGUCUCGAUCUAAAUUCCGAUUACCUGGAUAUGUCCUUCGGAAGAUCCCCGGGAACGCCGGGCAUGCCCGGCUCUAACCAAAGGACGAAACGAAUGAGGACUUCGUUCAAGCAUCAUCAGCUCAGGACGAUGAAGUCCUACUUCGCAAUCAAUCAUAAUCCCGAUGCAAAGGAUUUAAAGCAACUUUCACAAAAGACUGGUCUUCCAAAAAGGGUGUUACAGGUAUGGUUCCAGAAUGCCCGAGCCAAGUGGCGUAGAAUGAUGUUAAAACAAGAGGGUAAAUCUGGAGAGAAGUCAGGUUCAGAAGGCAUGAGUGAUAUGGACAUAUAUGGUACAGGUCCGAUGUCGGGAAGCCUGCAAUCCUUACCGCCCCCUAGCCCUUCAUUUAUGAUUCCAUCAGGAAGCCCUUCAUCACUAGAUUGCCCGUGACUUUAGUGAUUUGAAAUGUCGAAGUGCGUGAACAAUCUGAUCGAGAAUAAACGUUAAAGUGAAGUUGUAAAUUUUAGUUAUUUAGCGAUUAAUUUAUUUUUACGUACAGAGAACUCGUACUUGUCGAAUAAGUUUCACUUGUAAAUAGGCGUACGUUUGGUACUAAGAUUGGUAUAAGUAAGUACUAUGUGUCGCUACUCUAAAUUAUUUUAUUCUAUAGAAAUGACUGAAUUUUUCAUCAGAAUUAUUUCGUCAUGUGAUUUUUGUGAAUCAUCAACUUGGUUGCAACAGAAAGUUUGCGCUUUUUAGUUCUGUGCAUAUACUUACAUACAUCCAAAAAUAAUUGACAUCAUGUAAGUUAAAGUUCUAAUUAGUAACAAAUAUUUUAAACAUGCAACAUUAACAUUGAAGAACUACUGAAUCUCCUAAUACACAUUGUUUUGUAAAGGUGUUACUUGAAAAAAGAAUAAAAUAAAGUAUAAUGAAAUUCAGUUUACUGAUAGAAUUAAUAAUUCUAAGAAACAAAGAAUUUCUCAAAAAAAAAAAAA